AUGGAACGUACACGGAAGAACACACACACUCCGAACAUACUGCACGCUGGAGCACUCCUACAAAAGAUGUACAAAGAAGAGGGGGGUCAAUGGCUCGGAACCUAUAUACGUUCUGUAGUAAAAGGAGCAAUAUCUGCCCUGUUAAAUCAACCAUUCUCGUUUAAAGCUGGUUGAGGAUCGGGUGAGGAAGAGACCCCCUCACCUCCCCCGUCUGAGACCGAAGAUCCCAACUGGGGCAAGCGUCACGUUCGAGAGAAUGCAGCAGUGCAGUCCUCUCCAACUAGCAAUCGCCGUCACAGCAGUUCCUUAUCCCAUUACUUCUUCUUUCCUCCAUCUCCACUACCUCUGCCCUAUGCUAUAUUAAUUGGACGUAGUCAGCUACCAAUUGAUGGAGUGCUCCCCUACAAUUUUCGAACAUAA